AUGGUCGUAUACCGGAGAAUGCGUACCCCGGCCACCGUCCGUGGGCCUUCUUCGUCCGAGGCGACAGGCCUGUAUUCCUUUCCUUCCGCUGCGGCCUCUGAUGCCUACCGGAUACUUGAUUCUUCAGAUGCACGUAGACGCGACGAUGGAGCCCAAAACCGGUCACACUCUUUGGAAGUUUCCAGGGAAUGGACUUGCGUAUCUGAAGAAGUUUACCCUCGGUUUCCCGCCUUGCGAAGUUCCAAGAGCUUCACGGAAACCGGCUCAGAGAUGACGCCUUUGCGCGACGCCGAACGUGCUUCUCCGUCGCAUCAUCAUCGAUCCUUAAGCUUCUCGCGCUUGCUAGCGAAACCCCAGAAUCCUCCGUCAUUAUUCGCAUUGAUUGACGGCGAGUCACUCCCAGCUUCCAUGGAGGCAUCGGCACAUCCAUUGGCAGAAGAAGCAAAUGAUGGGGAAGGACACUGCGAGCCAGUGCCGUCGAUCCCAUCCUCUGAGCAGGAACAACCUUAUAUUUUGCCAGGAGAAAUUGGACUGAGAUCUACAGAUGCCGCAUGGGGCGAUGAGGCUUUAGGUGUGGAGAAGUGUGGAGAAAGUGAUGAAGGAUUUGCCUGCCUACCCUUUGCGGGACUCACAAAAGGACAGUCCACCUCAUGGGAUUACGAAGCUCAAGGCGGAUCUCCCGCGACUGUCUUAGGCGUCCGAGAUAUUCAGCGUCUCUCAGGAGCAGCGAGACUGCACCUUUCUCUGUUAAGGAAAGGAGAAGCGGAGGGAGGGACUUGUUCAGCUGCAGCCAAAUCAAGCCCUUGGGCUUUGCGAAAAACUCUUUCUACUUCUUCAGCCGACGGCCGACGAGCACCUCCAGGGACGACUGAGGCUACCGCUGAGCUUUUUGUUGAUCUCCUGCAAACGCUCGAGGCAGCUGGUGAAACAAUGACCAAGAUGGAAGAACAGGUUUCCCAUCACGCUAGACGCGCAGAACAAUUAAACGCGAGGCUGGAGAGAGCUGUGGCCCACAAUGACAGCAUGUAUGCAGAAUCUGAACAGCUUGAGCGGCGCCUACGACAGGCGAAAGCAGAGGUGGAGGCCCUUCGGAGCCGAUGCGCAGGUCUCGAAAAGAAGCCUGACUAUCGUGAGCGCUAUGUGGCAAGUGAACGAGGCAGAGCGGAGUUGGAGCGACAGGUGAAGCAACUUCAAGCUCAGGUCGACGUUUUUCGUGCAGGCGCCAUAAAAGAGCAGCGCCAGAGAGAGGAAAUGGAGGAGGAGGUGUCGGGAAUAAAGAAGCGCCUGGAGGAAAAGGAAGAACAACUUCUGCUGACAAGACGGAGUCUGAGAUCUGCAGUUGAGCAGAACAGUCAACUCCCUGGAGACAGCGUGCCCCCUCAGAGUUCCGAACGACGGGGGCGGCGUUCGUACUUUAUCAGUGGAAAACAGCUACAUCUCGGUCCUGGGUUGAGCUUGGCAUCUCCUCGCCAGCUGUAUAGGUCCCCGAGAACCGAAGCUCUCCCUCCGUCUCCUCGGCCCUCUCCUUCCUCUGGCGGAGAGGCGCGCUGCGUCAAGUGCGGGUGUGUCUCUAUUCCUCUGCUGAACGUUGAGGGACUCUCCGGGUCGUUUGCGGACCGAAAGCAGACGGCUCGCCGUCCCCUUUCAUCUGCGCCUUUGAGGGAAGCAGGAAGAGGACAAGGCGACGAGGUCGACGAGGGGCUCAAGGCCUCGAGAGGCGAUACCCACGGCGGACGCGAGAAGGUUGCUAGUCUGAGUCUGGCGUCUGGUGCCUCUUUUUCAACGGCUCCGCCAACGGGACGGGAGGUCCCGGCUGACUCAGACGGAGUCCGAAGUGGCUGCGCCGAAUCUCGUGGGGGGUUUGGGCUCGUCGAAGCUGAAGGCGAAGAAGAAGGGAUGUACGAUUGUGGAAGCAAAGACGAUCAGGAGAACGGAGAGGCUCCUUGUUCACGGCAAGACGCCGUGACUAGGACACAAAGGUCUCUGCCGUCACACUGCAACUCCGGCCGAGUGCAUAAAGCUGAAACAGUGGAAAGACACUCAACGUUUUCGUCCUUCUCGUUCACCGACUCUUUAGGGGAGAAGAGAGGGGCGGACUGGACAGACGCCGUGUCGCCGAGGAGACAUCCACUUGUGGGCGAAGUGUGUCACAACUGCCGGAACGAGACGCGAGGUGCGAGGGGGUCAGGAGAAGGGAGACCGUCACCACUUUUCUCCCAUGUUGGGGAGACUGACUCUCAUCGAAGCGCUUCCCUCUCGCUCGGCUCUUCACUUCCCGCUUAUUCGCUUCCCUCUGUUCGAGCUCGAGGAUGCCCGACACCGGCCGCAGGCGACUCUGGGUUCACCAGCAGUCGCGGCGAGUCCACUUGGAGGCGUCUAGCGAGGUCGUCAGCUUCCGCCUCUUACACGCUUUCCUCGUCUCCCUGCCGGAUCGCCUCCUCUGGGUCAGCGCUGUCCUUCGGAUCCGUCUCGGCUUCUCCAGUAGAUGAAGGAAGAGAGAAUCCAAGCAACUCGACUAGGCGCCUCACCAGCUUAUGCGGGAAUGGGAGGACUGCAACGGGAGAGCGUCGUGGAGCAUCAGGCAUGCGUCAGCACACUCCGUUCUCUUCGAUCUUUUCGUCAGGAUUUGUUUCAGACGGAACACUCGACAGAAGAACUGCGAACCAGCCUGCGCUCUCAAUGUUUGAGGAGUUGCUUCAGGUGGGACAGAGCCUGACUGAAGAAGAAGCGAGAAUGAAGCGAACGCUGGACGGGCUUCUCGCAGCUGUCGCGGCGUCGCCAGUGCCAUUUGAAGAGUUAGCUACGAAGGGUCUGUCAAAAGAGUGCCUCUUGAAAAUUCGAAAGCUGAGGCAAAAUGCCCCAAAGAACUCACACGCCACUCGGCCGGCGGGGGGCUUUUUCUCCCCAGUUCUCUAUCCUCUUCUGUCGUUCCUUUUCGAUUCACAGCGACUGCGGUGCAGCGAUACUGGGAGUCACCGCCUGCUCCUCGCGAGGGUCAAGGCGCUGCCUCGUGCGGUUUUACAUUUUCUCCUUGCGGGGUUCUUCAGAGAGAGCGGCGAGACCACACAGGAAAACGAAGGGGACGCAGUGGCAAGCGACGCAGAAGCACCUUCGUCUGCGUCUUCGUCUCCUGCGUCUUCCACGUCUUCGCUGCCAGCUUCGUCUGCUGCCGUGUGGCCGGUUGUCAAGACGCUUCUCGCUCAUGUGCGCCUGGGAGGCCCUGCCUCUCCCAGCGAUGAGUCUACGAGUGCGGGAGGAACCGAGGACGAGGCUGAAUCAACGGGAAGGCGCGCCAUGCGAAGACAGAAGACGCAGCGCGCAAUCGGUGUCUUGUCGUCGACGGGGGGACGAUGUAGUGGCGGAGAAGGUCACGGAGUCGAACAAAACGCAGAUCAUGGGCAAGUGCAGAGAAAGUCAACCGAAGUCGACACUCUCUUUGCUUCUGAACCGGCAAAAAGGGCCGGCCUCGUUCUCCUGCUUGCAUUUCUAGCUUCCACGUUUUUCUCCGCUAUUGAGUUGCCUCUUGGCUCCGCCUCACCUCUCGCGCCUUCGGGACUCUGA